AUGGAAACUUGGAUCCUCAUCCUUUGUUCCACCUUAAUCUCUAUGUUCCUCAUACCAUUUCUUUCUCUCCAUCUCAAGGCAAAGAAGCUUCCUCCAGGACCCAUUAAUAUCCCCAUAAUAAGUGGCUUCCUAUGGCUCCGCAAAUCGUUCACGGAGCUUGAGCCUGCCAUUCGCAACCUCAAGGCCCUCUAUGGCCCAAUUAUCACUGUCCAAAUCGGUUCGCAGCCCUCCAUUUUCAUCUCUAGCCGCUCCUUGGCGCACAAAGCCUUAGUCCAAAAUGGCGCUAUCUUCGCUGACCGCCCACCAGCCUUAGCCACCACCAAAAUCUUCAGCAGCAACCAACACGAAAUCAACUCCGCUGUCUAUGGCCCCACAUGGCGCCUCCUCCGCCGCAACCUUACAUCAGAAAUCCUACAUCCCUCUCGUCUGAAAUCCUACAACGGGACCCGAAAAUGGGUACUCGACAUUCUCGCCAAUCGACUUACAAAAUCAAACGGAGUCAAAGUCAUAGACCAUUUCCAAUAUGCCAUGUUCUCCAUGCUUGUACUCAUGUGUUUUGGAGAUAAACUCGACGAGAAGCAAAUCAAUCAAAUCCAAUAUCUCCAACGGCCGCAACUACUUAGCAAUGGCCGGUUUAACAUUCUCAAUUUCUGGCCUUCAGUCACAAAAAUUGUAUGGAAAAAGUGGUGGAUGGAGUUCCUCCAACACCGAAAAUACCAAGAAGAAGUCCUCAUUCCUCUAAUUAGAGCACGGAAAGAGGUCAAGCAAAACAAGAGUGAAGAUUAUGUGCUUUCUUACGUUGACACACUUUGGGAUCUCGAGCUUCCUAAUGAGAAGAGGAAGCUGACUGAGGACGAGAUCAUAAGCCUAUGUACAGAAUUUAUGAAUGCAGGAGUAGAUACAACUACCACUGCAUUGCAAUGGAUCAUGGCCAACAUUGUCAAGUAUCCAACUGUACAGGAGCGGCUCCUGGCAGAGAUUAAAGGAGUUCUGGUGGAGACAAAGGAUGAGGAGGUGAAAGAGGAGGUCUUGCCCAAGAUGCCUUAUUUACAAGCAGUGAUUUUGGAGGGGCUGAGGCGUCACCCGCCUGCGCAUUUGUUGAGUCCGCAUGCUGUCACGCACGACAUCAUUUUAGAUGGUUACAUGGUACCGAAGAACGGGACAGUGAAUUUUUUGGUGGCGGACAUGGGCUGGGACCCAGAGGUGUGGGAGAACCCCAUGGAUUUUAAGCCAGAGAGGUUUCUGAAUAAAGAAGGAGAAGAGUUUGAUAUAACUGGGAGCAAAGAGAUUAAGAUGAUGCCUUUUGGGGCUGGGAGAAGGAUUUGCCCUGGCAUUGGCCUGGCAUUGCUUAACCUCAAGUAUUUUGUGGCAAAUUUGGUCUGGAAAUUCGAGUGGAAAGGUAUAGAGGAUGUUGACUUGACGGAGAAGCAAGAGUUCACCAUGGUUAUGAAAAAUCCAUUGAAGGUUCGAAUUUCCCCAAGAGUUAUGAAAUGA